UGAUUGCCGAUGCUCUCAAGGCCGGUGCUGUGCCAAAGACUUUCUUCUUUAGCCGUCUGGAAUACAUAAAGGAGCUGCCCGUGGAUAAGCUGAAAAGUGUCAGCCUCAUUAAGGGAUUUUUGCCAAGCCUGACUAUGUUAAGAUGACAUAUCCAGAAACUCAGCUUCAUCAUUCACUGCCCUUAUUGUUGAUUUGUGACAAUCUCCGUGACCCUGGGAACCUGGGGACGAUUCUGAGAUCUGCUGCUGGGGCAGGCUGCAGCAAAGUAUUACUCACCAAAGGCUGUGUGGAUGUCUGGGAGCCCAAAGUGCUGCGGGCAGGUAUGGGUGCGCAUUUCCAGGUGCCCAUUAUCAACAAUCUGGAAUGGGAAGCAAUUCCUAACUACCUGCCCACUGACACCCGGGUCUUUGUGGCUGACAACUGUGGCCUUUAUGCUCAGGCCCAGCUGUCUAAUAAAGCCAGCAACCACGGCUGGGUAUGUGACCGACGAUUCCUGAAAUUUCACAAGUAUGAGGAGGAGGAAGAAGAUGAUCUAGAAACCGGAGCCAAGAAAGACUGGAUUCCUGACCUUGAGGUCCAGAGCUACGACUUGGACUGGACAGAGGCCCCAGCGGCAGUGGUAAUAGGUGGGGAGACUCACGGAGUGAGCCUGGAGUCCCUAGAGCUGGCCGAGAGCACUGGGGGCAAGAGGCUGCUGAUCCCUGUUGUGCCUGGUAUGGACAGCCUGAACUCGGCCAUGGCUGCCAGCAUCUUGCUUUUCGAAGGAAAAAGACAACUGCGGGUCAGGGAGGAACACUUGAGCAGGGGCAGGAGUUCCCACUGAGGCGGGGACAUGGACAUCCUUUCUCAGUCUAAGGGACUCUCUAGCUUCUCCUACCUCUGGGAGAGUUGUUAGGUACAUGUGGGAUUGUUUGUACCUGGAGAGCAGUGUGUGAGCUGGGGAAGCCAUUUUCCUCUCUCUGAGUAUUUUCUCUGGGCUUCCCAGGCCAUAUUCAGGAGGCAAGAAGUAGGCAUGAUACCAAUAUAUGGCUACUGGAAAAAUAAGAAAGUCCACGAAUUUCUGCAUAUCUCCAAAAAUAACAAAGGUCAAGAUCCUUCCCAGGAGCUCCCAUCUCACUACCAAUUUGGUGGUCACUGUUUUUACGCUGUUUCAGUCAUGCUUUUUUUUUUUUUUUGUGACACCACAAACAUACUCACACAGCCUAAGUGUGCAUUACAUGCUUUUAAAAGUGGUCCCCCAAGGAGCUUACUUGUGCCCAGAAAGUUACUGAAGGCGUCGUCUUGGGGAGGGAGGCCCAUUUCCGUGACAGCUACCGGACGAGUUGCAGUCAUCGAGUGCGGCUCAUAUGCCAUGGCUAAGGCUGUGGUGCUGGUGGCCGAGUCACUCAUUCCCACCAUUGGUCCUGUGUGGAGCCAGCACAUUAUAUUACAGCGUGUUUCAUGGAGUAAGUGUUGCUGGUGGUCUCAGUGCCUGUUUUUCAACCUUUGGCCUAGUGAUGAGGACAUUGCUAAGAGAUUAAUAACUCAGGAAGUAAAGGGCUACCAGCCAUAACCUUCAACAGCUAGCUGUUCUUUUGGGUUGGAUAUACCAAUCUCACAUUGUUUAGGCCCUUGAUGUAAACAACCACCGUUUACUACAUGUAAGGCAGUUUUUCCCCUUUUUGAUGAUCAGUAAAAGUAGCUUAAUUCAUCAGGUGGGUCAUACCCUCUUAGCACCUCCGCAGCUAUCUUUUUGAGGACUCUUUGUGCAGAGAAGGAGGCAACAGAGUUUUAAAAUCUUCAGCUGAACCUUGCACCCCUCAGGUAAGCCGCACCGUUUACUCGCUCCCUGCUGCUAGUCCUGCUUCGUGUAAGUUUUAGUUAAAGAUGACUCAGGUUACUUACUGACAUUUAAUUCCCCCUCCUGCAUAGAGGAAUCAAAGUGCUUGGGAAAAUUCCAGUGCUGCUGGAUGCCAUGUGAGCAGAGGCCUCAGAGUGCUCCUGCAGGAGAGGUUGUGAGGAUGAGAGCCCAGGGUGCUCUGGCCCACAACGCUGGCGUCUUAUUUGGGUUGUUCUUCACGGCAGUACUGUAGCAGGACCCUGCUGCUCUUUUCACAAGCCCCUGGGACCAGGGCAAGCUAGAUCCUUACCUGGUGCCUGCCAGGAGAUAGAUGCAGGCAGUAAUCACCUGGUUUGUAACUGUGGGAAGGGGGUGGGUGGAACUGGAAUGUGGGAUUCCUGUCAAGCACCGCUUUGGCAACCACAAAGAACACAAGGAUGAGGAUGACACAGGCAGUGUGGUUUGACCACAUUCCUUCUGCACAGGGGAUCUGGCCAUGGUUGGGAGCCCUUCAGCUGCUCAUUCCAGGAGUGCCCAGGAGUUCCCUUGCCAUGCCUGAGGAAAAUGAUCAUGACCCAAUAAAACUUCCUCUCUGGGGAGCCGAGUGAUCCAGUGUGAUCUGCGCCCCAGGUGGCAGGGUAGAAUUGCUUCGGUGUGUCUGAGGUGAGAGGUGUUGGCAGGAACAGCCCUGCUUCGUUGGUUGUGCCCGCUCCAGCUGACUAGCCUGGGCUGCUUCUCUCCUGUCCUGCUCUGGUCUGGGCCUGCCCAGGGCUCCACACAAAUGCCCGGUGCAAAUGGAGUGCUGAUAACUGCUGGGAAGAAGGGUUUGAUGUGACUCAGCUUCUCUUCCCAAAAUAGAUAUAUCUAGUUGUGGGUUCAGAAAGGAGCUGUGGUGGCGCAGUGGCUAAGUGCUUGGCUGGUAACUAAAAUGUCAGUGGUUAGGACCCACCAGUGGCUCCGAGGGAGAAAAGAUCUGGAGACCUGCUCCUGUAAAGAUUACAGCCUAGAAAACCCUAUAGGACAGCUCCACUCUGUCCUACGGGGUCCCUGUGAGUUGAAAUCAACUUGACAGCAUACAACAACAGCUGUGGGGUCAAGCCCAUGGAUGGUUCUUGAGCCCCUCGACUCCAGUCAACUUUCAGAAAGUAGAAGAGCCUUCAUACUGCAGUGCUCCCAGAAAGGCUGCAGGGAGCACCUUGCAUGAUCAGCAAACUUUACAAGUUUACGUAAGAAUCGAAAGGGGUGCGUAGUCUGUGGCACCAGCAGCUGAGUAUGGAAGGGAUCCCAGAGAGGCUGUACCUCUGGCUGCUGUUUACAUCUGGUCUCCUGCAAUACCUUAGAAAGUGCUUUUAAGGGAACAGAAGUCGCUAAAAGGAAACUCACAUCUCUCCAGCAUUUUGUGUCCCUGGGUUUUUGUUCCUGCUGAUCUUGGUUACAAAAUAAAAGGGAAAGAACAAACUCUAUACUUUGGAAAAACAGCAAUGCAAAACACUAAACAUGGCAAAUAAUUUUAAGCCCAUUUUAUUCUGGGUGUAUGAGGGAAAAGAAAUUUGCAGUCCAUUCACAUUCUAGUCAAUGGCUUAUGUACAAUGGCUUAUGAGUUCUUUUGUGUAUUUGUGGGCAUAAUUUAGCCCAGGAAGGGGAGGAGGUGGGGGGAGAGGCAAAUUUUCCUUUCUUUAAAAUGGCAACAGAGGAAGCAAAUGGUCGUUAAUGGACUGAAACAUUGAUAACAAUGAAAGCUCUUGUUUGCUGAGUGAUACUGGAAAAUCUAGAAUUCUUUUUAGUUUUGAGGCCAACAUUUGUUCUGUUACCAUUUCCCCAGGAAAUGGGAAUAAAAACUGAGCGAUAUAUGACAAGAAAAACACAUUGCUUGGCUGAAAGAUAAAUAUUGUCACAAGAUUGGCCAAGCUCCCCACCUUUGCCUUUGUGUGGAGGCACAGCUGUAGUAGUGAUUUCUGCCACAAGGUGGCAGGCCACAUCUCUGAAACCACUCCCAAAGCUGAAGGGAAGGGUUGGGUGUCUUUCCUGGUUUUAAAUUGUUGAAAAGGGGAAAGAAGAAUGAAGUCAAAAGUCUCCCUCCACCUACAGAGGGCAUUUUGCAAGCUAUUUACGCAUAGAGCUGGUGCUGUUAGGGUUGGAGAACCAUCCAGGUAGUCACACACUGGAUCUUGGCAGAAGAAAGAAUCUAAAGCACACAAGGGUAUUGGGAACAAAAGCUAAGAGGGAAGUGUACAGGGACGCGGCAGCAGCAGAGAAAACUAGCAGUUUUCCCUCCUGAACGGACCGGGAAAACACUGAUGUCCUGAUACCUGGAACUCACACUGGGGCCCCCCUGCAGCACCAUUCAGUUAGCACCUCAGGGCAGGGAGAAGGCAGCUACGGCUGCUUGCUCCUGGUUAGAAUCCUGGUCUUCAAGGCCCAGAGGAUAAACAGACCUCUGGGGACUGGUUUCCACCAGUUUCGCUUCGGACCGUCUACCGCUCGUCCCAGGGUUAAUAGCAACAUCAGAUGUCACUACCUCUUAGCUCCACUUCUCUUGCCUUUCCACCACAGAGACCCUGGAGGGUGCCCUUAUCCAAAGUUCCUGUGGCCUCAGGCUACCCUCUUGGCCAACCUGUCUGCAGAAACAGACAUGGAGGUGGCUCACUUUUUUUUUUCAAGGGAACACCUAUAUGGUGGGUAGCCACCUUUAAACUCCAAGAUAUUUCCUCUCUUCAUUAGUGAACGCACAAAGAUUAAGCUAGAAGCCAAAUUAAUGAUUAAAUUGAUAUAUUGCCCUGGAUGACAUUAAAAGGUCUCUGAACUAGCGAACCAUGCAUGUUACAUUCGAGGAGUUGAGGUAGCAGCUGCAACCUGAGUCAUCCCCGAAAGCUUCAGGAUGCUGGUGCUCCUGCUCAGUGGCCAAGCAGGACUGAAAAAUUCUGGUGCCUGAUGGCCGAUUAUCAAACCAAACUCGUUGUCUAGAAUGGAUUCUGACUCAUAGCGACCCUAUCGGACAGAGUAGAAAUACCCAUAGGGUUUUCAAGGCUGUAAUCUUCAAGGAAGCAGACUGCCACGUCUUUUUCCUGUGGAACAGCUCGUUUCAAACCGCUGACCUUUUGGUUAGUAGCAGAGCACUUAACCACCAUGUCACCAGGGCUCCUUCCACUGAACAUCAAGGUUUCCCGAUUGAAGCCUCAGAUUUGGAGCAGGUCAUUACUAAGGUGGCUGCUGCUUCAAAAAGCAAGAAGGAAACAAAAGUUGGGGAGCAGAUGGCUGCAGCAGGGUCUGGUCGCCUGCCUCCCUUGCACCUCUGAUGGGAAGGAAGCACAUAUGGACUAGGCCUGCAGUGUUGCUCCUGAUUGGCUGGGGACUUCCAUAUCUUCUGAUGUCCAAAGAUUUAUUUUUGUGGCCCAAGGUCCCAAGGUCAUGUCUCCUUCUGUAUCCUGGUUCUGUCACGUGUGGGUGGCUUAUUUGAGUGAGGCACCAGCACCCAGAAAUCCAGACUUGAGGCUGCCUCUGCUGACUUUGGCUGCACACUGGCCUACAGACCCAGAGACAGGCUGUCAUGAGUUAGCACAUUGUCGUUAGUUGCCCUCAGGCUGAUUCUGACUCAUGGUGACCUCAUAUGUGCAGAGAACGGCACACAAUAGGGGUUUCAAGGCUGCAACUGUUCAGAAGCAGAUCGCCAGGCCUUACUUUCACGGCACCUCUGGCUGGGUUUGAACAGCUGACCUUUUGGGUAAUAGUCCAGCACUUAACUGUUUGUGCCACCCAGGGACUCCCAGUUAACACAUUAUUUCCUGGGAAUCCAAUAAUCCCUCAGAACAAGUUCUACCCAAAUCUAACGUAUUUCCUGGCUUGGGAGGUACUCCAAAACGUCAAGGUGGUGGCACACACUUAUGCCCUAAAAAAUGAAGCCUGCUUUCAUCUUCACGUGUUCACAUAUAAACAUACAUAGAACAUCCUUAUGUCCUAUUUUCCCCCAUUAGAGAGAGAAAUCCCAGCCAGAAGACUCAAAGCAGAUCCAAUAUAAAACUUUCCUACAUAGAGCCUUUUGUUUCCUAGAAAAUAUUUCGCCCUACUCACACAACUCACAGACCAGUAGCACCAACGACAGCAGCCAUUUGUCUGGAAGAAUUUCCCCUCGGCCUGUUUGAAGGAAAGCUGGACAUACUCUUGUCCCUCCUGGGAUCAGCAACUCACGUAGCCAAGUGCUCACUUCUUCAAUACAGCUGCUUCAGGACAGGGGUGCAAGAUUCUCCUGAGCUCAGGGCCUCCAGGUCCGUCCUUGGUUUACACAGCAACACCCUGAGAAUCAGAGGGCACUCCUGAACUUCCUUUGUCCUGUGUGUGUGCAAGGCUGCCCCACAAUUUGUUCCCCACUGGUGUUCCAGACCUAAUGGGCAAGCACGGGCCUGCCCAGGCUGGCAGGGGAAGGUGACGUGAACACAUUGUGUGCACGCUUGCGCCUGCAUGACCGGUGGGGACUGGGCCAGACACUGCUCAGGCCCCUUUAGCACUACGUAUCCCAGGGUACGGCGUCCCUGCGCAUGUCUACUUGCAAACAUCUGGACUCUUCUGAAGCUAACCUGCAACAACUUUAUUAGUUCCCGGGCCAUAUCCUGCUAUGUCGUGAUAUCACUGCAGACUUGGAACAGGGCAACGAGAGGGGAGAACAGCUUUUUAGUUCUUUAAUUAGACAACAGGGAAAAAUAAAGUCUGGCUGAAAACCAAGAAUUACCACUUGAAACUUGGCUGAUGGCAGAGAGCAGUGCUGGCUCCCUAGGCUCAGGUGAGAGCCAUUGAUUCCAAGGAUACACUUGGAAAAAAUAAAAUCACAAUUGCACUUGCAGGAAGCCACAUCACUCCUGGAAAAGAAGCUGGUUUUUGUUCACCUCCUGUAUCCACAUCUGUUCACUGCACACACCAAUCCCAAACACAUAACCUUUUUCUUAAACAGAUUUUUAUUGUUGGGGACAGUUAAGAAAAUCUUACCUCUGUUGUGAAAAUACGGAGAAUCAGAUCUGGAAGUCAUUGUGGUCAACGGAAUCUGGGGACCCUAUGGUGGCAUUUUUUUAGUUACCUUCCUGCCUCCACCUGAAGGCAUGGUUUCCCUUGCUGCUGGCGGAAGUCCUUGAAUAUGUCACAACUGGAGUUUUAACCUGCUUCCAGUUAGUGACAAGAAUUUUAGGGUAUUUUGGGGCUGCUUGGUGGGAAUUACUCAUGCCCCCCACUUCAUUUGGAUCAGUAACCUCUCUCUCCGUAUCGAGAAAGGGAUUUUUUACUGGCAUUGGUGAAGUGAUCCUUGUGUGUUUUUCCCCAAAGUAGUCACCACGUAAAGCUAAAGCACCUUUUAAGUAAACCUUCCUCACUGAUUUUUAACUAACCUACAUAUCCACUCUAAAAGAUGACUUCUGGUGUCCACGAUCCAUCAGCUGGUAUUACUGGCAGGUAGUACAGAGUCAGCCCUGGACAGGCCAUCAACGUAUCAGAGAUGACCUUGACUUAGAGAUGGCAGCGACUUAGAGCAACUCCUCACUAGGCUGUGUUCCUGCUGCCCCAAGAUGAUAAGUAGCUGCAGAGGCACACUAGCAACCUUGGUGGUGCAGUGGUUAAGAACUCAGCUGCUAACCAAAAGGUCAGCAGUUCGAAUCCAUCAGCCACUCCUUGGAAACCCUAUGGGGGUCCUAUGGGAUUGCUAUGAGUCAGAAUCCAAUCGAUAGCAAUGGGUUUAAUUUUGGUUUUAAGGGGCUCUACCUGUACUACUACAAGGUAAUCCUGACAGAGUAUUGGCAGAAAUCCCAGUCCAUCUUCCAACAGAGGUCAACCCCACCUAGUACGUUCACCCACAUCCCACGGGAGACAUUGGCAAGGUUCCCAGAGAAGUCCUUCACCCUAGAACAGAGCUAGAGUUAAGGGUUUCAAACCAUUGCCCAUUCUUCACAAGAACGGUGUGUGAUUCCAUCUGUUUCCUCAACCAGCCUUCUCAGGCUUCAGAGCACUUGGCUCCCCUACAAGGAGGAACGAGCAUGUCUGCGAUGAUGCUUAUGCUACGAGCACUUGGCCUCCAUCAAGGGCCAAGUCAAACCAGGAGAGUGGUGGUCAGAGCUACACGUGGGAUCUGACUCUACUGUUCUAAUUGAAACAAGCUUCCUGGCUUCUGGACACCAGGAGAAUCUGAUAGAUGACCACGUUAGAGGGUUCUUGAAAAUCCUGCACACAGCUACCAAGUGUCCAACGAGUCAGGAGGGUAUCUAUGUCUCACCCCCAACUCCCCAA